UUUGUAACUGGGGCUCCGGCGGCGGCGGCGGCGGCAGGAGGGUGAGCGCUGCGCGGGGUGGCCCAGGGAGCAAGCGCUGCGCUCCAGCAUCGUCGUCGCCGAGGCGCACGUGGGGACGCCGCGCUCCCGCUUGGCUUCGUUUGAGGACAGCGCCGUCCCGAGAGGACCUUCGCGGAGGAGCCGGCCGGAGGGCGAGUCCGUGGGCAGCGCCCAGCCACCGGCUUUCAAGCCCCCGCCGUCGGACUGUGUGGCUCCGAAGCAGGCGGCAGCCCCAGGCGCCUUUCUGCCCGCCUCUCCCGCCUCGCGCCCGGCUCUUGUUGUCCAGUCGGGGCCAGGGAGUGAAAUGAGGGGGGUGCUGGUGAUCCCGAGCCUUCUUCUGGCGGCAGUUUGUGCCGUCCUGGUGAAUGGUGAGGAGUCUGUUCUACUUCAGAAUGAACAGUACAGUGAAGAUGGUGUAGAAGAUCUGACACAUCCCCAACUCCUUCCAGCUAGGGAGACCUUGGGACAAGAAGGAGAAAAAAACAGGGGCCUGCCAUCCUCAAGCAGUAACUUUAGUGAACUCUCAAAAGUUGCUUUCCUGUCCAGGCCUCAAGAUCCAGUGACACCAAAUAAAGAGGGGAAAAGGAAGAAACAGAGGAAGGGGAAGGGGAAAAAGAGAGAUCCCUGCUUACGAAAAUACAAGAAUUACUGUUUUCAUGGAGAAUGCAAAUAUGUCAAAGCACUCAAAAUUCCAACCUGCCUAUGCCAAGAGGGGUACCAUGGGGAGCGAUGCCAUGCCCUUAGUCUUCCAGUGGAAAACCGAUCCCGCAGCUAUGACAACACAACUAUACUAGCAGUCACAGCAGUUGUGCUGUCCUCCCUCUGCCUUAUCAUCAUUGCUGUAUUACUGAUGCUCAGGUGCCAUAAAAAAGGAGUAUAUGAUGUAGAGAGUGAAGAGAAGGUGAAGCUGGGCAUCCCUGUCAACCACUGAAAUAAUCUGGAAAUGCAAGGAUUCAGCAGUGAAAGAAGCUUUACUUCCACUGUCCAGUGGAUGGAACUCUUUUUCUUGGACACAUUUCAAAGUCAAAGGGGAGUUUGUAGGAUUGGAAGCAAGUGUUCCUUUCCCAAGGAGACUGUGUAUCAGAUAGUUGCUUUGUUGAAGAAGCAAUGCACUCUUCUCCAGAUUGGAAAAAAAAUCCAAAGGAGAGACAGGGACACAUUUCUCCACAGAGGGCUUCUUCCCAAGGUGGAGCCACAAAAUCCAGAGGAAAGUUGGACUUUGCCUUGGUACCACUGGAAGGCAACAGCUUCACAUACAAGCAGUGAAGGAACCAGCAAGCAGGAUUCUUCUGACGUCUGCUGAGGAUUUAACUGUGAAAACACUUAGACUCUGCUGAAGAAACCUAACUUUUGAACUUAAUGAAAAUGGGGACAAUAUUUAACACGAUAGUUCCUUUUAAAUUAUAUAUUUAUUUUAGAUACAUUGUACAUAUUAUUUAUUUAGGGCUUGGUCUUGUCCUGAAAUUGAAGGGAGAGACAGGAAAAUUGUGCAGUGUAACACUCUAAUAAAUAACCCUUUGUUAUA